AUGACACUUCCACAUCCCAUCCACUACCCCACACUCCACAAACCAUCCACUAUCACACACUUCCACAUCCCAUCCACUACCACACACUCCACAACCCACCCACUAUCACACUUCCACAACCCACCCACUAUGACACUUCCACAACCCACCCACUAUCACACUUCCACAACCCACCCACUAUCACACUUCCACAACCCAUCCACUAUCACACACUUCCACAACCCAUCCACUAUCACACACUCCACAACCCACCCACUAUCACACUUCCACAACCCACCCACUACCACACACUCCACAACCCACCCACUAUCACACUUCCACAACCCAUCCACUAUCACACACUUCCACAACCCACUCACUAUCACACACUUCCACAACCCAUCCACUAUCACACUUCCACAACCCACCUACUACCACACACUCCACAACCCACCCACUAUCACACUUCCACAACCCACCCACUAUCACACUUCCACAACCCACCCACUACCACACACUCCACAACCCACCCACUAUCACACUUCCACAACCCACCCACUACCACACACUCCACAACCCACCCACUAUCACACUUCCACAACCCAUCCACUAUCACACACUUCCACAACCCACUCACUAUCACACACUUCCACAACCCAUCCACUAUCACACUUCCACAACCCACCUACUACCACACACUCCACAACCCACCCACUAUCACACUUCCACAACCCACCCACUAUCACACUUCCACAACCCACCCACUACCACACACUCCACAACCCACCCACUAUCACACUUCCACAACCCACCCACUACCACACACUCCACAACCCACCCACUAUCACACUUCCACAACCCAUCCACUAUCACACUUCCACAACCCACCUACUACCACACACUCCACAACCCACCCACUAUCACACUUCCACAACCCACCCACUAUCACACUUCCACAACCCACCCACUACCACACACUCCACAACCCACCCACUAUCACACUUCCACAACCCACCCACUAUCACACUUCCACAACCCAUCCACUAUCACACUUCCACAACCCACCCACUACCACACACUCCACAACCCACCCACUAUCACACUUCCACAACCCACCCACUAUCACACUUCCACAACCCAUCCACUAUCACACUUCCACAACCCACCCACUACCACACACUCCACAACCCACCCACUAUCACACUUCCACAACCCACCCACUAUCACACUUCCACAACCCAUCCACUAUCACACUUCCACAACCCACCCACUACCACACACUCCACAACCCACCCACUAUCACACUUCCACAACCCACCCACUACCACACACUCCACAACCCACCCACUAUCACACUUCCACAACCCACCCACUACCACACACUCCACAUCCCAUCCACUAACACACUUCCACAACCCAUCCACUGUGGAAGUUCCUGUCCAACUCCCCUUUGUCGCCGAGAAAAAGACGCAUUGCGUAAAAAAGUCAGAGCAAACAGGGAAAAAGAAAAAAGAAAGGGAAAGGGAGCAAGUGGAGAUAGGAAGAUAUACUACAAGUGAGAAAUAUAUGUAG